AGCACGCGCGGGGGUCUAGCCCAAGCGGGGUAACGCUACGUGCGCCGACGAACGCGUGCGCACACGUCGUGUUCUGUGUGUGUUCUGUGCGUGCCAGGGCCCCGCGUGUCAGGGGCGGUUAGCGGCGGUUGGGCGCCGGCUUCCUCGGCUGCUUAUUAUGCCGCCGCUCGCCUCGCCUUUGGGGGCUCCUCCUCCUUCUCCUCCUCCUCCGCGUCGUCGUCUUCUCUCGCCCACCUCCAAAGCAGGUACGAUAGGGCGACCCAGUAAUGGCAGAAGCCCUAUUAGGACCUCAUGAGCACCGUCUGAGCUCUGCCUUAGAUGGACACUAUGAUGAGAAGAGGAAAUCCAAUGUGGAAUACUCGGAGGAUGAAAAGAAAGCAAUGAUCGCGUCUCUUAAGAAGAAGGCGAUGAGCGCCUCACAAAAGUUGAGGCACUCCAUGAAGAGGGGGAGGAAGAGUAGCAAGGUUAUGUCCAUCUCAAUCUUGGAUGAGCGCGACCCUGAGGAGGUGCAGGCUGUGGAUGCCUUCCGCCAGCUUCUUGUACUUGAAGAGCUGCUACCAUCGCAGCAUGAUGACUAUCACAUGAUGUUGAGGUUUUUGAAGGCAAGAAAGUUUGAUAUUGAGAAGGCAAAACAAAUGUGGUCUGAUAUGCUGAAGUGGAGAAAGGAGUUUGGUGCGGAUACCAUUCUUGAGGAAUUUGAAUUCGAAGAAGCUGAUAAGGUGGCACAAUGCUACCCUCAAGGUUACCAUGGGGUUGAUAAGGAAGGCAGGCCUGUCUACAUUGAACGACUUGGACAAAUUGAUGUCAAUAGGCUCAUGCAGGUCACCACAAUGGAUCGCUUUGUCAAGAACCAUGUCAAGGAGUUUGAGAAGAACUUUGCUGUUAAGUUCCCGGCUUGCUCAAUUGCUGCGAAGCGCCAUAUUGAUCAAAGCACAACAAUUCUUGAUGUGCAAGGAGUGGGGAUGAAGCAAUUCAGCAAAGCUGCAAGGGAACUCAUUGGCAUGCUUCAGAAGAUUGACGGUGACAACUAUCCGGAGACGCUAUGCCGGAUGUUCAUCAUUAAUGCAGGCCAGGGAUUCCGUCUUCUAUGGAGCACAGUGAAGAGCUUCCUUGACCCAAAGACUACUGCAAAGAUUCAUGUUCUAGGUAACAAGUAUCAAAGCAAGCUUCUUGAGGUGAUUGAUGCCAGCGAGUUGCCAGAAUUUUUCGGCGGAACUUGCCAGUGCGAAGGUGGUUGCAUGAAGGCUGACAAAGGCCCUUGGAAAGAUCCCGAAAUCAUGAAGAUGGUUCAAAGUGGUGCUGGGCAGUGCGUCUCACUCAUCUCGGAGGCUGAGGAUAAAGUGAUUUGUGAAGAUGACAUCAUAUAUCCUAAGAUACAAGCUUCAUUCAACGGGGAGGCACAAUUAGCUGGAGAUGGUCAGCCCACUUUGUCAAGGAAAAUUUCCCGCAGCCGAAUUGAACAUCCUCAGUUAUCACCUGUCCAUGAGGAUCUUAUUCCUACUUCAUAUCCUACCCCUGGUUCACCAUAUUCUUGUGAUGUCCCAAUGGUUGAAAAGGCCAUAGAUGCUAUUUGCAAGAGUCAGGGAACACUACCAGAUGAGAAGCUUGCCAUCACCAAAGCUGUUGUAAAUGCCUCUAAUGGAUCCAACCCUCCACUCUUUGGUGGCAUCAUAGCACUUGUGAUGAGCAUUGCAACGAUGCUCCGUGUGACCCGCAACAUGCCUGGGAAGGUACUUGGUGCUACCAUUGGUGGUGAUGCUAAAUCUGCUACCCUCACAAAAAGUAAAUCAAAAGUCCAAGCCCGUCAGCGAUCCAAGCUAUCACCUGAGGCUGUGAAGGCAGCUGAAGAUGUCAUAUCUAUGAAGCGCCUCGCCGAGCUUGAGGAGAAGAUCAAGGCACUCCUAACAAAAUCUGCAACAAUGCCUGCUGAUAAGGAGGAGAUGCUGCAGGCUGCUGUCACUCGCAUCAGUACACUAGAAGAGGAGCUUGCAGCUACAAAGAAGGCCUUGCAGAAGACUCUUGAGUGUCAAGGGGAGAUCAUUGCGUACAUUGAGAAGAAAAAGAAGAAGAAAAGCAAGCGUUUAUUUCGUUGGUAGAAGUGAAACAUGUGUUGAAUUGUUCAUGUCUGGGAGAAGAGCUUUUGUGUGCGAUGGAAGAGAGUGAGUUGGUGUUUGCAUCUACUGUGAUUCUAAUUGUAACAUAUAAUGUUCUUUUGUUCUUCUUUUUGUAGCAUAUGAUGUUCUUUUAUUCUUUUUUUCCCCAAUAUUGCUGCAAAUUAUUUGUCCAAGACACAUAUUCGUUUACCUCACCAUGUGGAUGUGAUGCCAAAUUGUCAA